CCGAAACAUUUGCAUGAGUAAAGUUAGGGGCGCAGGGUAUAAAUGCAACACUUUACAUCGCUAUGAUCUAAUCAGUGUUGUUAUCAGUGCUCUUAGCGCAUGAAAACUGCAACGAUUCUGAUUAUGCACCUUACUUCUGAUGUGAUUUUCAUCUUUCUGUUUCUCCGCAACGCUGGUAGGUUCGAGUUGGAAGUUUGUUUCCUUGUAUUGAUAGUUAAACAGGAACCGAAGAAACACUGAACAUUAUGCCCAGAAAGGAGGUGAUCUCUAAUGCAACAUUAACGUUUUAUCGUUUAGAAUCGCAGGCUCCAACUAUAACAUCAGCACCUUCGAACCCAUUGCAAUUGGUGGAGGGUGGAAAUGUGACUUUGCAAUGGACGUACAACACUGGAGGGAGUGCAUUUCAAGAAGCCGCAUUUGAGUCACGAGGGUUCCCUUUCAUUGUUAGAAAAACUACCGGAGCCUCCGCGAUUAUCUUUCCAGCCUUCGUUGGACGAUUGACAGCCAAUAUAACGGAAACAAAUGCUUCCAUCACGUUCCUUUUAGUCAACAGGAGCGACAGUAGAGUCUAUGAAUUUGUUGUCUUCAAUCAAGACUUCAGGAUCGCUUUGCAACAGUUUACUAUGGAUGUGCUGUGUAAGUCGACAUUUUUUUUGUCCUUUUAGUGUUUAUGACGGUGGUUUGUCACUUAUAGAAACACUGGUUAGAAAUCCUGCUAAUGCAUACCAGAGUCGGUCCGAAAGCAUCUUUCAUCUAGCGAUAGUUGAUUACUUUUCCAGUUUGAAAGAGCUGUGGGGAAGUCGAAUUUGGGGGUUACACAUGGAGUACCAGUGUUGUAGACCGCGUUCCCCAAGAACCCAUAGCAAUCAGUUCAGCGUUCGUUGGUGAAGUGACAGCGAACACAACAGAAACAUUAACGUAUCCAUCACGUUCCUAGCAGUCUACAGGAGCGACAGUAGAACCUAUGAUUUAAUCGUCCUCAAUGAAAAGAGCGAGAUUGAUCACAGAUCAAUGGAUAUAGAAGAACAGUGUGACGGCACAUAUUUAUUGUAAUAGAUCGAAU